AUCAAAUGUUAGUGUAGUCUGUGGUAUUGCAUCGUGUUCGGUGUCGGUUCCUGUCGCAGAACAUAUUACAUUCCGGUCAGUAUACUUUUAAUAUUCGUAUUGUCGUGUGUACGCUACCGGUUGUGUUUUCAACUUUUCUAAUUAAUAAAAAUCUGUUUUAUAUUUUUUAAAACAAAUAUGAAAGUGCAAAUUUAUUAAAUGUGGAAGUGACAAUAGCAUGAUCUUGGAAGCUGGCAUAAUGAUAGAUUAUGUUAGAUUAUUUCUCUAUGCAGCAUCUUACUAUCUGUGCAGUGUAUCUCAAUGAGAAAUCGUUAAUACAUUUCAAACGGCACCAUCGCUAAUUGGCGAGUGCUGUAAUGAUUGUGGCCUAGCGUGAGGUUCGGUGCGAUGACCACCACGGCAAACCAUCGUUCCUCUGGUAAUAUGGCGCCUGAACCGGAGGAAGACAUAGCGGCCAUCGCCAAACAAAUAUCCGAUCACGCGGAAGCCAUCUAUCAAACGUGGAAAGCUCGAGGCCUGGCGCCCAACGAGAUCUUGACAUGCCGUCGUGGAGACACUUCUGCUGCCGAUAAGUUCGGCUCUGUACUCACUCCAUUACAACCAAAGCAAUCGGCGAUCGCGGGAGAAACCACUCGGGAGUUAUUAGCCGACCCUCAUACCAACAGUCUGGAGCGCUUAGUGAACAAAUUCGUGGUCGAGGACAAAGCGCGGAUAGCCGCUAGGCAAUCCCGUUCUUUAUCGCCAAAACCUUUCGCUUCUUCUAUUCAAUACGCACUGCAAAAAUUCGAACAAAAAGCGUCAAGUCCCGAUCCUGUAGUGAAACCCAGUGGCGCAGUAAAAAGGUAUGGAAAGUCGACGGUGACGAGUAAAAAUUUUCCAGAUGAUUUCACUCCGGCUGUUAAGACGUGCGCUCCGUCCGUAACGCAAACCGAUCACGCCACACCGUCUUGGCUGUAUCGCAAUCGUCAGCAAAAGACCAAUAAAGAAAACGACGUAAGCCAAUCAGUCCAACCGACCCCACCGGUAGGUGCCGAAUCGAAGAAUUCUAAAUUUAUGGACGAAGUAGCCAAAGAAGAACAACGGUUGAUAGACGCGCUAAAAAAUGGAUCCGUCAUAGAGAACAACUGCAGGAAAUUGGAAAAGCCGGCCGUACCUAGCAAAGAAGGUAUACUGCGGGCCGGCUACGAUGCCGGCGGUCGCGUGAAGCCAGAAUUCCUGAUAGGACUGUCCGCUCUAAGUUCGGCCCGGAGGAACCAACAUGCUCAUAGACAACAGGAGCAAGUGCCGCAUCCCGAGCUCACUGAUCACCAACGAGCAAAUAUCCGAUCCAACCACCAGUCGAAUCCUGUCCGGCCGUUUUUAACACGUGGAUCCGUCGCUGAGCGCGUGCUCAUCUUCGAGAAGUGUCCCACCGAAUUGAUGAAGAACUCCUCGGGCACCACUGCGCAAUCUUGGAAGAAUAUCGGCUCAGACGUGCACAGCAAGAUUCAGAACUACUCGAAAGAAACUCGUAAACCAGGAGCACCACCGCCUCACACAACACUACAGAGGCAUACAAAAGCUAAUCGAAAUGUGUUCAUCCCUAGAUUUUAUUAUCCGUUUGGAAAACCUGAAAGUCAACAACAAUGGGAUAGUAUUGCCAAAACCAUUACUGAAUUUUUUCAAUCAUUGCCAAAUUCACAAGCUGCUAAACAUCAUUUUGGUCAAAUAGCUAAGUUGUGCAGUUGCCCACUUUACUGGAAACAUCCAUUAUUCUUCGCUUGUGGUGGUGAUGUAUCUAUUACCAUUGAUUUGAAUAGUUUUUUGAAUUUUUGGAAAGAAGUUUGGUCUACGUGUCAUGAUUUGUCUUCAAAAUUUAUUCGUAUUUUAUCAAGAAACCCCAAAAAACAAACCUUAUCUCCAGAAAACUUCAUCGUUCUAGUCCAAGACGUAGUAGAUUCUCAUCCAGGAUUGACAUUUUUGAAAACUGCACCUGAAUUUCAUUCCAGAUAUGUACAUACGGUAAUAUCAAGAAUAUUCUAUAAUGUUAAUACGUCUUGGAGUGGUGAACUGAGUUUAUCAGAAAUUAGAAGAUCUGAUCUUAUUAGAGUUAUUGAUUUAUUAGAAAAAGAAGAAGACAUUAACCAAGUGACAGCUUACUUUAGUUAUGAACAUUUUUAUGUAAUUUAUUGCAAAUUUUGGGAACUAGAUCGUGAUCACGAUUUGUUUAUUAGUAAAACUGAUUUGGCCAGGCAUAGUGAUCAUGCUCUUUCCACUCGUAUAAUAGAUAGAAUAUUUUCUGGAACUGUUACCAAAAGGAAACAAAAAAAUUGUGUAAAUAAUAAUUAUAUUGAAGAAAAAAUGAGUUAUACAGAAUUUGUAUGGUUCCUUAUGGCUGAAGAAGACAAACGUCACCCAAGAGCUAUUGAAUAUUGGUUUAGAUGUAUGGACAUAGAUGGAGAUGGUUAUUUGUCUAUGUAUGAACUUGAAUAUUUUUAUGAUGAACAAUUACAGAGAAUGGAAAGCAUAGGAAUAGAAUGUCUACCUUUUGAAGAUUGCCUAUGUCAGAUGCUUGAUAUGAUAAAGCCAAAAUACCCUGGUAAAAUAUCACUAGCAGAUCUCAAAUCUUGUAAAAUGACACCAAUAUUUUUUGACACAUUCUUUAAUCUUGAAAAAUAUCUUGAUCAUGAACAAAGAGAUCCAUUUGCUUCACAACGUGAUAAUGAAAAUGAAUUGUCUGACUGGGAUAAAUAUGCUGCAGAAGAAUAUGAAAUGUUAGUGGCUGAAGAAAGUGGUAAUGAUGCUCCUGAAGAAAUUAAUGGAGCUGAUAUUGAAGAUAUUCUUUCGCCUAAUUUGGAUGAUGUUCUAAAAUCAUGUACAUUCUCCAAUAUCUCAAAUCAACCAAAAGUUUUAGUCACUGACUUUUCUUCACCUUAUAAUGUGUAUGAUGAAAAUGAUUCUUCAGAUUAUGCUGGUGAUAGUGAUGAUGAUGUGUAAUUAAUGUUUACUGCAGUUUUAAUUUUUUGUUAAAAAUAAAACAAUUGAUUACUAUUAACUAUGUAAUUGCAUGAUCUAAUUUAAGAUAUAAUUUUAUACCAAAGAAAUUAGUUGCUCAUAUUUUCCUCCUGCUUAAUUUUUUAUUCUCUCUACUUAACACUUUUAAAAACUUUAAUUUUGUGUAUUUGUUAAAUAUUUAAUAUAUUAUAAUGUGUGUUUUGUUAACAGACAUCAGUCUAAGGUAAUUAUUAUAUUGUUUAUUAUGAAUGCUUGUUGUUAUUUUUUAAAUAUGGUAAGAAUUUUAACUAGCUGAACAACGUCAUUUACCAAUUUUUAAUUUUUUAUGUAUAAUUUAUAUAUAUAUAUAUAUAUGUAUGGAAAUUUUAUAU